GAAGCUUAAAUGAGGAAGAGGUAGGGGGCGGAGAGGAGGAGCAGCGCUAGAAUGAUAGAGGGAAUUACUUCAGCUGUAGACAGUGCUGAUUUCACUGUGGUAAAGUGUAAAUAUGACCAGUGACACUACGGCGAUGGAGAAGCGUGGUGACACAAGCUUCUCGAGGAAAAGAAGUUCGACUUUCGGAGCCUAUGGGAGCGUGGACAGAUCAUGUGAGGAUACGUCAAGACCCGAGUCCAUGGGAGCCACUUUAAUGAACAUCCUGGACUCUCCGACCAUUGAGCCCACACCUGUCCUCAGCUCCAGCAGCAAUCAGAAGGAGUCAGAGUUGUUUGAGAUCAUUGUGAAGCUGCAGGGCAGCAGGAUCGACGAGCAGAGGUGCCACUUCCCCCUCCCACUCAAGUCUCAGCUCUUAACAUUAGGGGGAGAGCUGCCACUUAUCCUGCCCUCGAAGGCGGGCGGCUUCUGGAUCGACCCUCCAUCAGAGCGGCAGAGCGACCUGAGCCCCACCUCCUCCUCCAUCCACGGAGCGGAUCAGGAGAGCUACGACCUCCUGGAGAGAGACGCAGAUGCCAAAGUUUACCACCAUGUGUUUAGAGCAAGAUACCAUCACUCAUUCACCGCAGUGGAUCCGUGUUUGGGGUCGCUCGUGAUGUCCGUUUGUUUAGAAGAAGACGAGAACAGGAUUCGAGUAAUAUUACGGAUGAAGGAGUGCUCCCUGCAUGGCGUUUUCUCACUGUCGCUUUUCCCAAAUAUCCCGUCGACGGUGGAAUUAGCGAAGAUGCUCUGUGAUAAAGUGACGGUGCCGAAGUUUGACGCCGUCUGUUACCUCAAGGCUCCAGACUUAAUCCAGACGUUUGAUGAACAUCGAGUGUCUCCUAAUUUUAAAUUUGGUGUUUUGUAUCAACGAGACAAACAGUUAACAGAAGAGGAAAUACUCAGUAACAAUGAGGAAAGUGAUGAAUUUAAGGAUUUUCUUUCGAUUUUGGGAGACACGAUCCAGCUCCAAGGUUUCACUGGGUUCAGAGGAGGCCUGGACGUCUGCCACGGUCAAACAGGAAGUGAAGCCGUUUACACGUCGUUUCACGGUAGAGAAAUCAUGUUCCACGUCACCACCAAGCUCCCGUUCACCGACUGCGACCCCCAGCAGUUGCAGAGAAAACGACACAUUGGGAAUGACAUCGUAGCGCUGGUUUAUCAAGAGGGACGGACCCCGUUUCUCCCAGACGUGAUCAAAUCCCAUUUUUUGCACUGUUUUGUGGUGGUUCGGAGCGUCGCCGGGGGUGAUGGAGGGAGUGGGCGUGGCUAUCAGGUUUCAGUCACGGCUCGAGACGACGUUCCGAACUUUUGCCCCGUUCUCCCAGACCCACCAGUGUUCAGAGAUCGCUCACUUUUGAGGGAAUUUCUUCUCACUAAACUCAUCAACGCUGAGAUAUUGUGCUACAAAGCCGAGCAGUUCAGCCGACUAGAGUUGCGCACGAGGUCGUCGCUGCUCGAGACCCUCCGCACUGAGCUCUUCACACGGUCGCAGUGCAUGAUGGGAGAUCCGUCUCUGUCGGCUCAGCUCCCUCAGACUGAAGGCAGCAGGACGGGCUCUGAGGGGACGGGGGGCUUCAUAGAGAAUUUCAAGAGAGCCAUCAGAGUAAGGAGCCAUUCGUUUGAAACUCUCGGUGUGCCACGAAAAACUGGAACUUCUUCACAAAAACACAAGACAGAGAAAGACUCCGAGAGUGACAGAUCUUCAGCGUCUCUUUCCACAAAUUCAGACGGACUGGGACCAGAAACCAAAGACCACCCGAGUCCUUAAGACGAAACAUAAAAC